GAAAACCUUCUUUCUUCCUUCCUUCCUCUAGUUACUUUUAAACUCAACUCAACUCUCGUCUUUCAACAUUUUUCUAGAUUUACUUACAGUUCACUCACUCCCUCGCCAAUAAGCGACAACUCCGCCUCCACCUCCAGCGAAACUCGUCCUGUAUCAUCGACUACUAUAAAACAGUGCUCUCCUGUACUUGUUUUCCGGAACCCCCGCCAUCGCCGCCCGUCUAGACUACAUAUCGGUUCGGUUCGCCAAAGAAUUGCGCUGCUCUACUCUCUCACCUCGACAUCCACAAUCUUGCCACUACCACUAUCUCAACCAUCGCCUAAUCGCUUCGACGAUUUUUUACAGCUCAGGCCCGCCAUUUCCCAAGACUCGGUCGUAGUUCGGUCUCUGGACCGAUCCUGCCGUGCCCCUCGCUCCCACCCGCCGUCACCUGCCCACCGGCGCCGGCCGUUGCUUUCGGAUCGCGAAACCCCUCGUUCCGCACAACCCGCCACUUUCCAUCUCACAAACCAAUACCAACACCUAAAUCACAAUCGAAAUGGCCUGCGACUACCAAUACGUCAAGGAGCACACCAGGGAGGACUACGUCUUCCCUUCGCACCGCUUCCAGCGAUCAUGCUCCCCGGAUAAAACUCCGCUAUGUCUCGUGGCUUGUGGUUCUUUCAGCCCAAUCACGUUCCUUCAUCUUCGAAUGUUUCCUAUGGCUCGAGACCAUGCUCGUAACGAGGACUUUGAGGUUGUUGCUGGAGUUUUGAGUCCUGUCAGCGAUGCCUAUAAGAAGAAGGGCCUUGCGCCUGCUCACCAUCGCAUUGAGAUGUGCAGACUUGCCACAGAGAAUACCUCCAAGUGGCUCAUGGUGGACCCCUGGGAGGCCGAGAGCCCAACUUAUAUCCCAACUGCCAAGGUGCUUGAUCACUUUGAUUACGAGAUCAAUGAAGUCAUGGGAGGCGUCGAAUGCACUGACGGCACCCGAAAGCGUUGCCGCAUUGUACUCCUUGCUGGCCUUGACCUAAUUCAGACCAUGUCUACUCCAGGUGUUUGGGACGAGCGUGAUCUCGACCACAUUCUGGGCAACUAUGGCGUUUUCGCUCUCGAACGCACAGGAACUGAAAUUGACUCAACUCUCGCGAACCUGAAGCAGUGGGAGAAGAACAUUCACAUCAUUCGCCAGGUUGUUACCAACGAUAUCAGCAGCACAAAGAUUCGUCUUCUUCUCAAGCGAAACAUGUCAAUCGAUUUCCUUAUUCCCGAUGAUGUAAUCAGCUACAUCUACGAGCACAAUCUCUACCGCGACCUCGAUAUGCCUGAUUCCAAGGGCAAGGAGAAGGCUCUAACGAAUGGUCCCGACGCUGGAACCAGCACCGGUUGAAUUUCUUUAUAAUUCAAGAAAACAACAGAACCAGUGCCCAGUCCUUACACCGGCCCCGAUGCAGCUAGCGAGCCUUGAGCACAGCGGCCACAUAAUUAGACCCGAUGACGCAAACACAAAGCCGAGACAAUGAGUCGGAAUAGCUUCUAGCCGGUAUUCGUUUUGAGUCAUCCCAAUGCCAGGGUCAAGGAACAUUUUAUUAUAGACCGCGCAGUGGACCACUAUGGAUUAGUUUGGUCCAGUAUUAGAUGCGCCCGGUUUGGGGUACAGAAGUUGUGGUGAAGAGGAGGUGGUUUCACUUUCCUUUAUUACGUCGUUCUUGAUGCAAUCUGCUUUGGAUACGCAGUUGGCUAGAGCGCACUCUUACUCUGGAGCGGAGUUAUUUUAUUAAUUGAGGCAUACCAUGUCGGAGCAUCCCGAUAUUUCGGAGCUCUCCUAACUAUCAAUAUUGCCUUGCGGUGUUUACAGACCUACUAGUUCCCCUGGGUUGCCAGGGUUCUCUAGCUGCCGAUAUGCACGUGUGUGGCCAAGGGUUCGUCCAGACCAGAUAGUAGACAAGAGUUGCCCAGUUCGCGAUAGUGCAACUGAGGACGGUUGGUGAUUUUUUACCUCGAUUUGAGAGCUUGAUGUUGAUGAGACAUGUUUUUAUACAUGUCUGGAGUUUUAGAUAGGAGAUACCCGUUCAAUUGACUAUGA